AUGCAUGCCGAUCAUCUUGCUUCCAUCCAGCUUUUAUCUUCAGAGGCAUUGUCCGAAAUUUUCUUGAAAGGACUCCUUGCAAUCGACUACGAACUCUUUGCAGAUUCGCUACUCCGCAUAAUUACUCCUAGAUCCACCAAUCUACGUGUGCUAGAGGUUUCCCAAAUGUGUCGUCUCAAUAUGGAUAUCAUUCAGGGUUUCAAGAAACUUCGGCGGGUAAAAUUGGAGAUGGAAAACGUAAGGGUAGCCCCCCGAAUGCGGACCGAUUUCGUUAGGGAGCUUGCAUGUUUAGAGGAACUAGAGGAGCUGGAGUUAUACUUCAUCUUACCCAAAUCUCCAGUCCCACCAAUCCAGGAACGAGUGCAAUUUCGAUCACUGAAAACUCUACGUCUCUACACCACAGUAGUCGGACUGCACCACUUUCUCAAUUCACUUGAAGCAGAAAAGUUGGUUGACCUUGAUAUCUUCUUCACCAUAGCCGAGCUCGACUACUCAAAGUAUUAUCCCUCAGACAUUGUAAAAACGGCGGCCUUACUCCAACAAUCGUUAAGCGAUAUAAACAGCAUAUCGCAAGUCAUAAGGACCAUCAAGAUGACAUGCCUGGAUAUUGCAGUCAUGGUAUCCCACACUACGUUGUAUCACAUUUUACGUUGCAAGCAUCUGAAACUUCUAUCACUCCCUCUCGACGUUGACGGCCGGAUGCUCUCGUCGUUAUUUUCAAGAGGAGAAGUUUGGCCAGCUGUAGAACAGCUCAGGUUCUUUCCGUCGCUUCCAUUGGCACCCAACGCGUCCGUGUUAUUGGCAUCAGAGCUGCACCCAUUCACCGUCCUUUUUCCAAAUCUGAAAGAACUUUGGGUACCAGUGUCGUUCAACUUCCUGGCGUCGAACGCCAUCGAACCUGUGGAAGGGACGCCAUCAUACCACCAGCUUCGUAAACUACAUUUUCAAUGGAUCUCCACCGAAUCCGACGAUCAGGACAGGCGCAGCGAGUUCGGCCCGUCAAAAGCUUUAGACACAGAGGAAGGUGCAGAGGAAAUUGAAUUUUUAGCAAGGCGUAUCGCACAAAGCUUUCCCCAUGUGGAAAAGGUAUCAGCAAUCGGGCUGUCGCCCAUGACAGAUGUUAUCCUUUGUGGUCAACUUCAAUCAAUGGCCCACUAG